AAAUAUUUUGGGACAUUUAAGCUUAUUUUACGUACUAAAGGUCCCACGGUGUUGUUACAAGUGUCAAGAGAAUCUAGUGCCCAAACUGUGUUAGAAACUCUUUUAUUCGAGACGAUGGAGGUUUUGGUGAAGCACGUGCAAGUGUCUGGUCCUUGAGGCAGAGAAUAGACUCUCGAGUCUCAGCGCGGAACUUAGGUUGGACUGAGCACUGCACAAUGGGGAAGGCAUCCUGGUCCCCUGGGUGGAAGGUUUCAAGCAGGAAAACUCCACCAGAGGUUGGGUGUACGGAACUGCUUCCAUCCCGGUGCCUCAGCCCUGAGCCGGGAUUAUGUAGGAGUGUCAGCAAAGGAUGUCACUGGCCGGGAAAUGCUGCGAGCUCUGGCCACUUAUGUUUGGCCCAAAGGCAACACUAGAGUGAAGGCACGCGUGACCACUGCACUAGGUCUGCUGGUUGGGGCAAAGAUCCUCAAUGUGCAAGUUCCGUUCAUCUUCAAGGAUGCUGUCAACUACCUCAAUGAACACACUGGGGAUCUCCUAGCACUCUCUGACCCAGCUUCCACUGUUGCCACAACUGCCUUCUCCCUUAUGAUUGCCUAUGGCAUCGCCCGCACAGGAGCUGCAGGCUUCAAUGAGCUCCGCAAUGCCGUGUUUGCCAAAGUUGCUCAGGACUCCAUCCGCAAGAUUGCCAAGAAUGUCUUCCUGCAUUUGCAUAACCUUGACCUCAACUUCCACCUGAGCCGGCAGACUGGAGCUCUUUCUAAGGCCAUUGACCGUGGCAGCCGAGGUAUCAACUUUGUCAUGUCGGCUCUUGUGUUCAAUGUGGUACCAACCAUCUUUGAAGUGAGCCUAGUGGCUGGAAUUUUGGCCUACAAGUGUGGCUGGGAGUUUGCUGGUGUGACAGUGGGCUGCAUUGGUGCUUAUGCUGCCUUCACCCUUGGCAUCACCCAGUGGCGCACAAAGUUCAGAGUGGACAUGAACAAAGCAGAGAAUGAGGCUGGAAACAGAGCCAUUGACUCACUCAUUAAUUAUGAGACUGUGAAGUAUUUCAACAAUGAACAAUUUGAAGCUGACCAAUAUGACAAAUAUCUCAAGAAGUAUGAAUUGGCUUCCCUUAAGACUUCUACCUCCCUUGCUCUCCUCAACUGGGGCCAAAAUGCCAUAUUCAGCAUGGGCCUGUCGGCCAUGAUGAUUCUGGCUACACGGGAGAUCAUUGCAGGGAACCUAACUGUUGGAGAUCUGGUAAUGGUGAAUGGCUUAUUAUUUCAACUAUCUCUGCCCCUUAAUUUUCUGGGGUCUGUGUAUCGGGAGGUGCGCCAGGCCCUCAUCGACAUGCAAACCAUGUUCACACUCCUCCAGCAGGCUCCCACUAUCACGAAUGCUGAGAAUGCCCGGCAGCUGCAAGUGAGCCCCCACCAGGCUGCCAUCACCUUCAAUAAUGUCCACUUUGAGUACAAUGCAGGGUUUCCCAUUUUCAAAGAUCUCAGUUUUACUGUUCCCACUGGGAAAAAGAUAGCCAUUGUAGGAGGUUCUGGCAGUGGAAAGUCAACCAUUGUACGGCUGUUGUAUCGCUUCUAUGAGCCUCAGAAGGGCAGUAUCACCAUCAAUGACCAAGAUAUUGCACUUGUGGAUGUGGAGAGUCUCAGGAAAGCUAUUGCUGUUGUUCCUCAGGACUGUGUACUUUUCCAUGACACCAUAGAGUACAACUUGCACUAUGGGGACCUGACCAAGGAUGUGGCUGAGGUACAGAGGGUGGCCCGUCUCACCCAGCUCCAUGAUGCCAUUUCCAGCUGGGCCAAGGGCUACAGAACUCAGGUUGGGGAACGGGGUCUGAAGUUGUCUGGCGGAGAGAAGCAGCGUGUUGCCAUAGCACGAGCCAUCCUCAAAGAUGCCCCUAUACUUAUUUUUGAUGAAGCAACAUCCUCCCUAGAUUCCAUAACUGAACAGGGAAUCAUGGAUGCAUUGAAGUGUGCCACAGAAGGGAGGACCAGCAUAUGUAUUGCCCAUCGACUAUCAACAGUAGUGGAUGCUGAUGAGAUUCUUGUACUUCAUGAGGGCCAGCUGGCUGAACAGGGAUCUCACGAAGAGCUUCUGGCUCGUGGAGGCUACUACACUCUUCUGUGGAACUCCCAGCACCUAGUCCAAUGAAAGAAAAUCUAGUAGCAAUAAAAAUGAGCCUCAGGGAGAAUUAACUACUUCCACCACAUGGUUAACCACCUGGCUGGCUGCACCACAAGAAAUAUAUAUACUACAGCUUGUUCAGACUACAAAGGUAAAUUGGCACCAGGAAGUCAUUCCCUCUUUGUCAGUUAGAUUCUGCUCCCUUUCACCUGAUUGGCUGUUGAUGAUGUAAGGAAGUAUAUUGGUGAGAUAUAUCAAAUGAAUGAGAUUGAGAUUAUUUUACAAGUUCUGUGAUUAAAAACACUCAAUUCAAGCAAUUGGAGAUCACUAAAAGGAGAGCAGACCAUUCAAAACAAGCAGUGCAUCUAAGCUAUAGAAACUAAAUGAUGUUGAAAAUAACAGUUCAUCUUUCUUGAUGUAUAAAGGAAAAAAAAAAGUUUCUUCAUGUAUAAAGGUUUUGUAAAAAAAAGUAUGAAAGCUUUUGUAAAGUGUGCAUUUAUAUCGGAUACAUUGCUUGUUCUAAAUGGUCAAUUUUCUCAAUGUUGCUACAAAUUGCACUUUAUUAGCAUCUUUAAUCAUGAACUCCAUAAGUAGUCUCAAUUAUGCAUAUUUGGUACAUUUCAUUGAUAUGCUCCCUUGCAUCAACAACUAAGAAGGGAGCAGAGCCUGUUAAGCAAAGAGGGGGAGUGAAUUUGGUAGAAAUUUAUCAGAAGAGAGAGGAAGGCAGUGGAGGGGAGCUAAGACCACCACCAACCAAACCCAAAAUGAAAUUUAUCGCUAUCAGUUCUAUAUAAUUUUAGUUAUCUUAGUAACAACAGUAAUGAGAGCAUAGCUGUCUUGUGUGUGUUGCAAACAUUCCUAGGUCUUAGUACUGCGUCCCUUGUCAGCCACAUUGUUGCCAUGUUUGCUGAAUGCCAGGUAAGUAACAUUUGAUGCUUUAACCUAGUUCAAACAUCCAUUUACUAAGUAAUAUACAUUUCAGUUACCCAAAUAUCUUUACACACUUGAAUCUAUAAGCAUGGCUUGCUAUGUAAAUUAUGGUGAACAUCGUAAUAAUGUUGACAUUGCUAUACUAUCUAUAAUUUGGGUUGGCUGAUGUGCAUUCAUCUAGAUGGGUAACAACCUCAUUCAUCAUAUUCCACCAGCUGCUAAUUUUUACAUGAUCAGUUUGUUCAUUGUGUGUAAUGAUCUUUUGGAUAACAAGUGUAUACUUAUGUUUUGAGUUAGAACUAACCUUAUUUAUCAACAGUAUAUUUAUCAAAGACAAAGAUGGCAACCAUAUGACCUACAAGGUAUACAUGCCUAUCAUUUAUGAAUGUCACCAACACCGUACAGCUACACUUACUUAAUGGUUGUGUCUAGGAUAGCAGAAAAAUAAUGGAAUUGAUGACUCGUUUUGGGAUGGUUGGCAGUUGGCCUGUAUGUGCAGCCAUGCAUAUUACAGGCUGUAUGUUUACUAGAGUGAAAGAACCAAUAAAGGAAUAAAUUGAUUUGUAGUUAUGAAAGGCUGUUGUGAGAAAGACAUGGCAGGACACUAGUGUUUGUAUACAUUUUUGUUGAGGGUAAUUUGUAUACAUUUUUGUUGAGGGUAAUUUGUAUACAUUUUUGUUGAGGGUAAUUUAUUAUUGUAAUUAUUCUAUCUACCUAUAUACCAAGCCAACAGCCCCAUAAGGGAGGGUAGCCAAGACAAGGCUGAUGCAGGCGAAUGGAAAGUUAAGAUAGCACAAAUGGGAUGCAGCCAUGAUGAUUUUUACAUCUGUCAUGGAAAAAGAAAUGCAUAUUUUAUUGUUUUGCAGGUGUAUGCUUGCAUUAUUGAUUCUUGACUAAUGUGGCUGGUGAGCAACUGUCUUGUCUUGAGGAGUUAAGAUGGAUAUUAAUUUAAUCUUAGACUAAGAAAGUUUGUAUGAGGACACCUUGGGUCAGUCACUUUCCCAGAGUGGAAAUAUCUACCUGGAAUACAGAUAUAUCAUUAUUAUACUGCAUGAUCUGGAAAAGAUUGAUCUUUUCUUCUUUCAAGGCAGGUAAAUAUGUUCUAGAUGCCUUGUCUUGGCUAUCAAAAAUUAAAAGGGAUGCAAGUUUUACAUACAAACAAUAAUAUUCGUGUUCAGUGAGCAUUUGAAUCUGAUUGAAUUUAUGGCUUUCAUUCUGUAAAACAGGCAAGGGGGAUUAUGAAGAAUCAUGAUUUAUGAACAUUAUUAUAAAAUGUAUAUUGAGAGUGCAUAAAAUGGAAAAAAAUUUAUCCGUGAUGAGUGCUGCUGAUUGCCUAUUUCCCUCCAUCUCUGACUUUUGUAUCACCUGCUGCCAAUCAAGCUUUAACAUUUUAGAAUAACAUGUAUCAUUCACAAGUUUUGUCAGCAUCCCAAUUCAUACUUCUAUAUACUUGUAUUAUAUAUUUUGGAAAUCUUGUGUAAUAUUGCAUUGUCAUCAAAGACUGCAUACCACUAAAAAUUGUGUAAUCACAACACGCCAAACAAGUAUCAAGCCAUAAAGAAGAAAUCCCUGGCCAUGUAAUAACUUCUAGAUAUAGAUUCAUUCACACACACUGACAAUAUUCUGUGGAUAUUAUUUGUUCUUGCAGAAAUAUGUAAAUCUAUCAAGAAAAUUUUAUGAUGUAUGAAUUUUUUAAUUAAUAAAUGUCUUCAGAAGCAUAACAACUUAUUCAUAAAUCAUGAUUUGUGCAUAUAUAUAUAUAUAUAUAUAUAUAUAAUACACACACACACACACACACACACACUUGUAUACAGAAGAUUUUAUGAAUAUAUAUUUUUGUAUGGAAAAUCCUGUCAUAUAAAAUGGCUGCAUGACCACCUAUUUCACUGCUGUGUGAUCCUUAUGAUGCAUAUUAGGUAGACUUGAUUACACAAAUAUAUGGAUUUGAAUCGCAUUUAUACCUAAGCAUUGGAAUUUUUGGAAUAGGUCUGUUUAAUCUCCAGGAGCAUGAGCAUCUCUGCAUGCAAGUAUGUAUAUUUUGUAAAUAUAUGAUAGGUAUGUA